GGGAUGUGAAAGCAGGAAAUAUUCUUCUUGGAGAAGAUGGCUCAGUGCAAAUUGCAGACUUUGGUGUUAGUGCGUUUCUGGCCACGGGUGGUGACAUUACCAGAAAUAAAGUCAGGAAAACUUUUGUGGGCACACCUUGCUGGAUGGCACCAGAGGUUAUGGAACAGGUCAGAGGAUACGAUUUCAAGGCAGACAUCUGGAGCUUUGGGAUCACCGCUAUCGAACUGGCUACAGGGGCAGCUCCUUACCAUAAAUACCCUCCGAUGAAGGUUUUAAUGCUGACGCUACAAAAUGAUCCUCCAUCUUUGGAAACUGGUGUGCAAGAUAAGGAGAUGCUGAAGAAGUAUGGGAAAUCAUUUAGGAAGAUGAUUUCAUCAUGCCUACAAAAAGACCCAGAAAAAAGACCGACAGCAGCAGAACUCUUAAGACACAAAUUUUUCACGAAAGCGAAGAAUAAAGAAUUUUUACAAGAGAAGAUGUUGCAGAGAGCACCAACAAUCACUGAAAGAUCCAAAAAGGUCCGGAGAGUCCCAGGUUCCAGCGGACGUCUUCAUAAGACUGAAGAUGGUGGCUGGGAAUGGAGUGAUGAUGAACUGGAUGAAGAAAGUGAGGAAGGCAGAGCAGCAAUUUCACAGCUCAGGUCUCCCAGAGUGAAAGAACCUGUACAGAAUUCUGAGCUAUUCCCAUCAGCUGAGCCUCCAGGUCCUUCACUCAAUGCUCCAGCACAGGCAUCUACUCAACUACCUCAGGCUGCAGGACAAGUACCUGCACAACCUCAAACUGCUGUACCUCCACCUAGUCAGGCUCCUCCAGCAGCCCCAGCAGCAGCCCAGGCCCCACCUGCCCCUGCUGCAGCUCCGGUACAGGAAGAUACAAAAGUCCCCAUCAGCCUUGUACUAAGGUUAAGGAAUUCAAAAAAAGAGCUCAAUGAUAUUCGAUUUGAAUUUACCCCAGGGAGAGAUACUGCUGACGGUGUGUCUCAAGAACUCAUUUCAGCAGGUCUCGUUGAUGGCAGAGAUCUGGUAAUAGUUGCAGCUAAUUUGCAGAAAAUUGUGGAAGAGCCCCAAGCAAACAGAUCCGUCACUUUCAAACUGGCAUCUGGUGUCGAAGGCUCAGAUAUUCCUGAUGAUGGCAAACUUAUAGGAUUUGCACAGCUCAGCAUCAGCUAAACAAUGGUCCCAGGAGAUGUUUCCCAACUGAGAACCCACAUGUGCAUAUUCGUAAUGCUUCUGUUAGCCUAAAAACCACUACUGCCAAAGAAUUGAACUACAGCCCCCUUCCUAGAAGCUUUAACAUUUUCCUUAAUAGGAUCACAAACCUUUCUGAAAUUACCGAUGGCGUUUACACCUUUUGUAAACAACUCUCAUGUUUUUGUAUCUGUCAUCUCAAACAUGCAGCUCCAACACAUCAUUGCCUGCAUGUUCAUUUUCUUAUUGCCUUACUUUAAAGAAAAAUACUACUGAGUACGAAGCAGGGGGUUCCACUGCUCUGAUGAUUUUGCCUAAAUGUUUGCAUACAUGUGGUUUCAUUUUUUUCACUUGCUAUUUUUGCACAAGUUUUAAUACUGAAUGGAUCUUUUUUGUUCUUUACCUGCUUCUCCUUCCAUCUGAAACACCAAUGUACAUGUUGUUUGGGUCACCUGGAGUGCUGAGACAUCUGCUUCUCUUCGGCUGUGUUUUUUAAAACUGCUGGUUUGAAUGCUUGCACCUGAGAAAGCAAGCCAAGUCUUAACCCACGGGAGGGAGAGCCUUCUUCCCUUGCGUUUGUGUUUUUUGAGAAGUUCCUUGACUUUGAGGUGUUAGAAGUCAGCUUCCCUUUGUAAACUGC